CGUCAUUCAGAAGCUUCCCCGGCUGCUUUCUGUCAUGCGCGUGAAAGGAAAGGAAGGACAUGACAUGGGGUUAUAUUUUCCACUGACCACAYAAACGAGUUYCUGAUACUGUUUAAAUUCAAUUGGUUUGGGUUUCUAUGCUUCGCUUUAGUAGGACGUUUAAUUAACCUCUAGUAUAAGCUGAGGCUAGCGAGUCGAGCAGCUAGCUUUUUAACUCGCUGUUUAAAAGGAGCAACUUUAGCCCACAGAGCAUGGCGUUAAUCCUGUUUACGAGGUCUCGGACACCUUUAAUGAAAACGUCCCGGUCGUUAAAGAACGAAUUCCGGAAAGGUAAAGGUAAACUACAGGAUGGUUCCUGUUUCAACUGCACAACUCUCAGACUCACCAGUCAAAAGCUUGAUGUGCUCCAGCUYGGCAGCUUGGCCCGUGUCUUCUCCGUCAGCCCRUCCUCCCCCCUAUCCGAUGAAUACAUGGCACCCUGUCAGAAUCUGGACCCACGGCGACCGUACUGUGCAUUUGCCGCAGCUUCCUCCAGUCCGACCUUCCUCAGAACGUGUGCAGACGUUUUCAGACUGCUGCCUUUCCUGGUGUUCAUCAUCGUYCCAUUCAUGGAGUUCCUCCUUCCUGUGGCGUUGAAGCUGUUCCCCAACAUGCUGCCUUCCACYUUUGAAACCCAGUCRAAGAAGGAAGAGAGGUUGAAGAAGGAGCUUAGAGUCAAACUGGAGAUGGCCAAGUUCUUACAGGACACCAUCGAGGAGAUUGCACUGAGGAAUAAGGCUGCCCAGGGCAAUGUAACCGAGGAGUUCUCCACCUUCUUCCAAAAGUUCCUCAGAACGUGUGCAGACGUUUUCAGACUGCUGCCUUUCCUGGUGUUCAUCAUCGUCCCAUUCAUGGAGUUCCUCCUUCCUGUGGCGUUGAAGCUGUUCCCCAACAUGCUGCCUUCCACUUUUGAAACCCAGUCAAAGAAGGAGGAGAGGUUGAAGAAGGAGCUUAGAGUCAAACUGGAGAUGGCCAAGUUCUUACAGGACACCAUCGAGGAGAUUGCACUGAGGAAUAAGGCUGCCCAGGGCAAUGUAACYGAGGAGUUCUCCACCUUCUUCCAAAAGAUCCGAGACUCUGGAGAGCGUCCCAGUAACGAGCAGAUUAUAAAGUUCUCCAAACUGUUUGAGGACGAGCUGACUCUGGACAACCUGACCCGACCUCAACUGGUGGCUCUCUGCCGCCUCCUGGARCUCCAGUCCAUUGGAACCAACAACUUCCUGCGUUUUCAGCUCAUCAUGAAGCUGAGGGCCAUCCAUACUGAUGACAAGCUAAUUGCAGAAGAAGGAAUAGAGAGUAUGAGCGUGACCGAAGUGCAGUCGGCCUGUCGCGUUAGAGGGAUGAGAUCUCUAGGAGUCACAGAGGAACGACUGAGGGAGCAACUCAGCCAGUGGUUGGACCUGCAUCUGAACCAGCAAAUCCCCACGUCUCUGCUGCUGCUGUCCCGAGCCAUGUUCCUCCCUGACACUCUGUCUCCAGCGGAUCAGCUCAAAACUACGCUGCAAACCCUUCCUGAGAUGGUGACCAAAGAGGCCCAGGUGAAGGUGGCUGAAAUCGAGCUCUCCAAAGUGGACAAUAAGACCAAACUGGAGACGAUGCUUCAGGAGGAGGCGGCAAUACGCCAAGACUCCAAGGAUCGGGAGAUGAAGAGGCUGGCUGAUGCUGCAGAGAAGGCUGCUAGGGAGGACGUGUUGGAGCUGGAAGUCGACAGUGCGAAACACAGCGAUGCAGAGCCUGCGUUGCUACAGGCUACCAGAGCAGCUCAGUCAGAGACUCUGAGGGACACGGCUCCUGUUAUCGAGGGAAGCAAGGUAAUAUCAAGUAGUAAAUUAGUUGCAGUAGCUGCGUUGUUAAUGCUGAUUCAUUUGKCGGYUGGGAUCUCUGYUCCUCAGRUCAGUAAGGCUGCUUUAAUGACCAGGUUUGAACUCUGYGUGUUGUWAACAAUAAGAGUGAUUCAUACAUCGUCAGUGGCCAUGAUUCACACAAACRGCCCACAGUCAAAACACACCUUCUCUUAUCAGUACAUUUCUUGUAAAAUGGUGGUGGAGAUAAAAUAUAAAAUCAAUCAAUUAAUGAAUGUCAUGUCCGAUCGAAACACCAAAUCCAGACCUCUAAUUGAUUUCAAAUUUUGCAGAUUAUUCUUCACUAAGUAUAGCGAUGCCGUGAGUCUGUUCUACACCUUCAGGGAGAACCUGAUCGGCAUCGACGAGCUCAUCAACGUCAUGCGGCAGAUCCAGAAAAUUCCAGAGGACAAGCUGCAGAGGAUCGCAAAAGCCCUGGACGACAACAAGGACGGAAAGAUCGACAUCGACGACGUCAUCAAAAUGGUGGAACUGAUCGACAAGGAAGACAUCGACAUCUCUACCUCGCAGCUGGCUGACAUCAUGGUGAUGCUGCAUAAGGAAGAGAAGCUGAUUGAGAAGGAGAAGGCCAAAGACAAAGCUGAGAAGGAGCAGGCAGCCAAACUCAACAGCUAACUCAUCUUCCCUCAAAGACACAGAGAGCAUUUGUAAAAAAAAAAAAAGACCACA